UGUUCCGCUUCCGGGUAGGAGGCGAGGGGCGGUGCGGGGUCGUCAUGGCGAGUAAUGCCGCCAGUCUCAACGCCGUGCGGGAGACGAUGGACGUUCUGUUUGAAAUUUCAAAAAUACUAAACACUGGCUUGGACAUGGAGACAUUGUCUAUUUGUGUGCGACUUUGUGAACAGGGGAUAAAUCCAGAAGCAUUAUCAUCUGUUAUUAAAGAGCUACGUAAAGCUGCAGAAGCUCUAAAGGCUGCUGAAAAUAUGGCUGGCUGACAUGGGAGAAGAUUUUUAUCUGAGAAACACCACGUUGAAGUUAACAGGCUUUGAAGAUUGCCACUAUGCAGAAAAGCAAAAUAAGUUUAUGGGCAUAGGUUUCAGAAAGCUGCUGUAAUCCUCGUGAAAAGGAUGAUGUAUAGAAUAGCUUGAAAAGUUUUUGUAAGUUCACCAAUAGUUUCAUUACUUGGUAUUUUUGUGACUUGUUUGUGAAUAUAGUGCAAUUACUGCUUUUUGACAUCAAGUCUUUUUUAUAUCAUGCCAGAACUUAGUGUUUAGCAAUGAAUAUUGUUAUAAUCGGUGUAGCUUGUUAAUGCAUCUUUUAAAAGUGGUACCAUAUCAUUGCUUUUAUCUCUUGCUUUGGUGAGAAACUACAUGUACAAUUUUAGUUUUGCUUUAUGGUCCAGAUAGGAGCGAAGCCCAUCCUUACUAUUUUAACUAGU